CGGCGCGGCGGGGAAUAGCGCGGGGUCGCCAUGGCGGAGCUACAGCAGCUCCGGGUGCAGGAGGCGGUGGACUCCAUGGUGAAGAGUCUGGAGAAAGAGAACAUCCGGAAGAUGCAGGGUCUCAUGUUUCGGUGCAGCGCCAGCUGUUGUGAGGACAGCCAGGCAUCCAUGCAACAGGUACACCAGUGCAUUGAGCGCUGCCAUGCACCUCUGGCUCAAGCUCAGGCCCUGGUGACCAGUGAGUUGGAGAAGUUCCAGGACCGCCUGGCCCGAUGCACCAUGCAUUGCAAUGACAAAGCCAAAGAUUCAAUAGAUGCAGGGACUAAAGAGCUUCAGGUGAAGCGGCAGCUGGAGAGUUGUGUGACCAAAUGUGUGGAUGACCAUAUGCACCUCAUCCCAACCAUGACCAAGAAGAUGAAAGAGUCUCUCUCAUCCAUUGGGAAAUAGAAGUCUUUGCAUUGGCUAUUAGAGCUGAUGGCAAGAAUCUAUUU